AGGGGCGGGGAGCCGCGGGCUCGGCCAGCCCAGGCCGGCUAGGCGGCAGCGAGGGCUGCAGUGGCGGCCGGCAUGGGCGAUGGGGGCGCCGAGCGCGACCGCGGCCCCGCUCGCCGGGCGGAGUCUGGUGUCGGCGGUCGGCGCGAAGGGGACCUUGGCGGAGCGGAGGACUCUCGAGCCGUUGCAGGCGGCCAAAGCCCAAGGGAGGUUGCCGGAACAUCGGCCUCCAGCCCCGCGGGCUCCAGGGAGAGCGGCGCCGACAGCGACGGGCAGCCCGGGUCGGGCGAGGCGGACCACUGCCGCCGCAUCUUGGUGCGAGAUGCCAAAGGGACCAUCCGGGAAAUCGUUCUGCCCAAGGGCCUGGACCUGGACCGGCCCAAGCGGACGCGCACAUCCUUCACAGCCGAGCAGCUGUACCGCCUGGAGAUGGAGUUCCAGCGCUGCCAGUACGUGGUGGGCCGUGAGCGCACGGAGCUGGCUCGCCAGCUGAACCUGUCCGAGACCCAGGUGAAGGUCUGGUUCCAGAACCGGCGCACCAAACAGAAGAAAGACCAGAGCAGAGACCUGGAGAAGCGGGCGUCCUCCUCCGCCUCCGAGGCCUUCGCCACCUCCAACAUCCUACGGCUGCUGGAGCACGGCCGGCUGCUCUCCGUGCCCAGGGCGCCCAGCCUCCUGACGCUGACCCCUGGCCUGCCAAGCCUGCCUGCCGGCCCCAGAGGCACCUCGCUGGGUGACCCCAGGAACUCCUCCCCGCGCCUGCACCCGCUGCCGGCGGCCGCCGCGUCGCCACCGCUGCCGCCCCCGCUGCCGGCCGUAUGCUUCUCCGCGGCGCCGCUGCUGGACCUGUCGCCCGGCUACGAACUGGGUUCCUCGGCCUUCGAGCCCUACAGCCGGCUGGACCGGAAAGUCGGCAGCCCCGGCGGCGGCAAGAAAGCCAGCACCUAAGACCCUCCGGCAUGGCACCGCCCUGGCGGACGGUACCGAGCAGGUCCCGCGGGAGGCCCCCGGCCCCGGGCUCAGAGACUCGACCGAAAGGCCUUGGUCCCGCAGCUUGUGUGUGUGUGAGCGCAGUGUGCGUGUGCGUCUUCACAGAAAUAAAAGGACAACAAUGACAAGAAGGGAACCAGU